UGAAUUCAUGCGGUAUAUAAAUGCUCAGUGCAAUAACGAGGGCUUUAGUGCAAGCCAAGAUCGCCUGCUAUUGCAAGUUCUAAAGAAUAAGCUAACAAAGUGGAUGCUCUAAAUACGCUGUGUAAAUUCAUAACUGAGCUAACGCCUGAUUCAAGCACCAACCGCAAUAGAACCAACCGUGAAUAUUCCAGGCGAACACGUAAAGGCCCAACCGCCAAAAGCGACGCAAAUAAACAUUACAAAUUAGCUGAGUUUCAUUCAAUUGAGGACCUAAAAUAUAAAAUGGCUUUUCGCGACAAAAAUGCUGUGAUUACAGGCGGCGCCAGUGGCAUUGGCUUGCAAGUGUGCAAGCAGCUGCUGGCCAACGAGGCCUCGAAAGUCGCAAUAAUUGACAUUCAAGACAACGCAGAAGACAUUUCCAAGUUACGCGCAGCGCAUCCAUCACAAACUAUUUUGCUUAUCAAAAUGGACGUGGCGAAUAGACAAGGUGUUGACAAGACUUACGAAGAGCUUAAGAAGGCGUUUGGAUCUAUUGAUAUUGUUGUGAACGUUGCUGGAAUCUUUAACGACCAGGACGUGCAACGCACCAUUUUGGUCAAUUUGGGCGGUAUUAUCAAUUCUUCACUCGCUGCACUUAAUGUGAUGAGCAAGGAACAUGGAGGCAACGGUGGUAUUGUGGCUAAUAUGUCAUCUGUCGUGGGCUUGGAUCCGAUGUUUUUGUUACCUGUUUAUGCUGCCACCAAAGCGGGAAUCAUUAACUUCACACGCUGUUUGGGAACGGACAUUUACUUCAAUCGUACUGGCAUCAAGUUCAUCACAAUUUGUCCGGGUGCCACUAUUACCGACAUGUUCACCAAUUUCACGGAGAAGAUACUAUUCGCCGAUAUGGGAGACGAGUCAUAUAGAGUGCUGGACCGUCUCAAUAAGCAAAGCGCCACAGAUGUGUCUCGUUGUAUACUCAGCGCUUUGGAAAAGGAGAAAAAUGGCGAAGUGUAUAUAAUUGAAGGAAAGCGACUAUUCCCAAUGGAAAUGAAAAGUUAUUGGCGUGGCAUCGAGAGAGAGUUGAAUGAAUAAAGCAACACAAUACUUUAAGUGUGUUACCAUGCUGGAAUUGAGUAAUGUUAUAGUUAUUAGCAGUAGUACUUUAUUAAAGUUCAAACAGAAAUGAUUAUUUUUGGGAAUUUAAGUUAAACAA